ACCUACUACAAUGGCGUGUUCGAUUGCAUACGCAAAAUGGCCCAAUCGGAAGGGGUGCUCUCGCUGUACAAAGGUAUCCUUCCGCCGGUCCUAGUCGAAACGCCGAAACGAGCCGUCAAAUUUCUAACCUUUGAGCAGUACAAACGAUUUUUUCUGUUCGGUUCCGACAAACCAACGCCACUGACCUUUUCACUGGCCGGUUUGGGGGCCGGUGUGACGGAAGCUAUUCUGGUCAACCCCUUCGAGAUGGUGAAGGUAACGUUGCAGGCCAACAAAAACAAAAUGGGACAAGUGCCGAGUACGUGGGCCGUCACGAAGCAGAUCAUCAACGAGUCCGGCUUCGGAUUGAACGGGUUAAACCGCGGCCUGACCGCCACCAUUGGCCGUAAUGGAGUGUUCAAUAUGAUCUACUUCGGUUUCUAUCACAGCGUCAAGGGCAUUGUUCCGGAGUACAAGGUAUCGGAUAUCAAGUUUUUGCGCAAGGUGACCAUCGGAUUCGUGAGCGGAACACUUGGUUCGAUCGUGAACAUUCCCUUCGAUGUAGCAAAGUCCCGAAUCCAGGGCCCGCAACCUGUCGCCGGACAGGUGAAGUACCGCACCACCUUCGGCUCGAUGGCGAUCGUUGCCCGGGAGGAAGGGUUCGGUGCACUGUACAAAGGCCUCACCCCGAAGGUGAUGCGCCUCGGGCCGGGCGGUGCCAUUAUGUUGGUUGUUUACGACUAUGUGUACGAGUUUCUGGACGAUUACUUCAAGUAAUUACGCAACGGCUGGGAAUGAUGGAACCCGCAAUUAGGAGAGAACCGUAUUGUGAAUCAAAACAUCCCAUCGGACCAUUUCUGGACAGCGAUCUACUAUUCGCUAAGGAGUCCACGUGUGUCCCCAAAAACCAUGAAACAGUGGUUGGUUGCAUUUCUUUUCUAGCUCAAAUGCAUUUUGUUACGGGUAUUUACGGGUACGAACAGUUUGUUUGGAACUUUCUUCCAAUAUUAAUAGAAAAUGAGUAUUUCGGGUGCAUGUGAAACAUGCUGACGCCGCGAGUUCCAUCUACAAAAUUAAUCCAAUUUACAAAAGAAACAAACGCUUGA